AUGGAUUUGGAUUUGUUAUGUUUGUUUGUUGCAAUCAUUGUUGGAGCUUUAUGUGUUUUCUCACUCGGAAAUCCGAAGCAGCAGCAGAGGCUGAAGCCUCUCCCUCCGGGCGAUAUGGGAUGGCCAUUGUUAGGGAACAUGUGGUCUUUCGUAAGAGCUUUCAAAUCCCAAAACCCAGAAUCCUUCAUCAGCAAUCUCAAACAAAGGUACGGUGAAACAGGCGUUUACAAGAUCAAAUUCUUCUGGAAACCAUGCAUAAUAGUUUGCAGUCCAGAGCUAUGUAGGAAAGUGUUGACAGACGACGAGCAAUUCCAAUUGGGUUAUCCACUUUCAAAUCUAGUUUGCAAUGGAACGCCAUUAGACUGCAUUUCGAGCUCGGUUAAUAAGUGGUUCCGCAGGCUAACAGCGGCAACCGGUCUCAAUCAACAAGAAUCGUUAUCGUCGUAUAUAGGGAGCAUCGAAGAGAUUGUAAUAGGUACAUUGGAAGAAUGGAGUAAGACGAACAAGCCGAUCCUUUUCUUCCCCGAAGUGAAUAAGAUCGCCUUUAAAGUCAUGAUGACCAUCUUCUUGGGCUCCGGUACCAACGACACUAGUAUUGAGUCGAUGGAGAAAUAUUAUACAGACGUAUUCGGUGGACUGUUUUGCAUGCCGAUUAACAUCCCUGGUUUUGCGUAUAAUAGAGCGGUCAAGGCAAGGGAGAUGCUGAUGAAAGGGAUUCGAGGUGUGCUCAAAGAAAGGAAACACGAUGUCCUGAACUCGAAACGAGGCCUAAUUGAUUUUAUUAGGGAAGCCGAUGAUCCAAACGGUGAAGAAUUGGAUGAUGAACUCGUUGCUAUUAUACUACUCCUGUUCUUGAUCGCGGGUCGUGAAAGUUCAGGUCGGGUGGCCGCAUGGGCUACUGUUUUUCUUCAUGAUCAUCCUCGAGUGUUGCAGAAGGCCAAGGAAGAACAAGAAGAAAUCAUGAGACGAAGGUCUCCUUCUCAGAAAGGUGAUUGA